GAUGCGGCCGCACGCAAACGUGUUGAUGCGUGUGAUUCGAUAAAGCGAGCCGUUUGGGAUCAGACGGUCCAUCUCUUCUCAGCUGGCUGGUUACGAGAUAGAUGGCUCGUCAAACUUUCAAGCUCGAUAUUCGAGUGCUUGAGCGCCGAAGCUCGGUUGGAUGAUAGUAAUAGAAGGAAGAGCCACGUGUGAGGAGGGACGCGUCGGGAUGGACGCGCACACGUGACUAAUCGACGUCAUACAAGCGUUUGUCGUCAUUAGGAGCCGGGGUUGGAUAUAAAGGCAUACGCUCAUCCAACAUCAACGUUAACUACACACCACACAGCUUGUACACUUAAAUAAUUUAUACCGCCUCCUUCACAAUGUACCGAGUACCCAAUUUGCGUUCCAGCGUUGUUCACGGUCGUAUCCCGACCGCCAUCCUUCCUGUCGCGCGUAGGAUGUACGCAACCCAGCCUCCGCCGGGGCAAGCGUCGCCCAAUCCAAAGGCCAGCCCUUCCACCGAUGGUGGCGGACACAACAACGGCCUCAUUAUCGCAUCUGCUGUUGCGGCCCUUGGGGGAAUGUACUAUUUCUACAACCGCGACCGGGGAGUCAGUCUUCAGGAGAAAAAACGCAGAGAUGAGGAGGACAUGAGGCGGGCAGCGCGUGCAGUGCGGGACGAUAUAAAGCAAGUUGAGGAAGCAGGGAAAGCAAGGGCUGAUGAUGCCCUUAAAGAAGCUCGGGAGAGCUAUGGUACUGCAAAGGCCUCAGCUAAAGAGAAAGCGACUGGAUCUCGCCAAAAAGUAGACGAAUCUCUCUACGACCUGAGUGAACGGGCACGACAGACGGCACACGAAGCACAGGAAAAACUGAAUCAGUACAAGAAUGCAGCUGAGCAAUCACUAGCGGACGCCAGGAAGACAUCCGAACAAAAGUUUGAGGAAACGAAGGACGCCGUCACACAACGCGCGGAUGAAGCCAAGGACGCAGGCCAAAGUUGGUUCAAUUGGGGGCAGUCAAAGACAGACGAGGCGAAACGUGAAGGCGCUCAGAAAGUUGCAGAGAGUGCAGAAGAUGUUAAGAAGAGGGUAGAGAAACAGGUAUGAGAUUUACGAUGAACUUGAAUGAACAUUCGACGAGCUGUACACCUAAAUUAGUAUUAUAAAUACAUUACCCUAUAUUGCAUAUUCUUCCCCGCGCUUCAACAACCUUAUUAUAGUGGGAGAUGUUGAGAUCUACAAGGUUGUGUGCCACGAAGAGUUCUGCGGACCGGGAUCAUGGGGAACAUAAAAAUUGACUGUGCCGGUAUUUGCCGUAUGUGCUCCUUCAGUUUGCCACUGUAGUGACCGUACUUAGUGACAACCCUGAGCAAGUCGAACUCGGCUGAGUCGGCCGGCGGAGCUGAUCAGUUGUAUAUCGAUCACCGUCUUUGACCU